UGUACCAAUUCAAUUUUCUUUUGGAAGAAAACAAAAAUGAGAAAAUAAUUUUCUUUAACUAAUUGUAUUUAAUUUAAUUAAACGCGUUUGUUUUGUGAAUUACAAUUUAAAAUGGGCUUGAUUAGGACCACAAUCAAAUAUGGUAUUCCAAUUGGAUUUGUUUAUUGGACAAUAGAAUCUGGUGAAUGGAAACCUAUGGGAGAUUCUGAAGAUUUGAAAAAGACUAGAUUAUUAUACAAAGAAUAUGAUUCAGUUAAAGGAAAGAUUGAACCUUAUGUGAAACCUUAUUUACCUGAGAAGAUUAAUAUCCCUUUGAAUUGGAGUGAUUUAAUUGAUAAUUAUAAUGGGAUAGUUAAAAAGACAAUUUUAUCAAUGUCAAAGUUUGAUUUAGUUGAUAGUGUGAAAAAAUUGUCAUUCAAAUUGGAGUCAAGUAUAAGUGAAGGUUCAUCAACAACAACAACAGAAUCUAAAAUUGUAUCCGAAAGUAAAUCUUAAUCAAUUAAUCAACAAAAAUAAUUAGAUGAUUGUAAAUUAGAUUCGUUAUAUUGUAUCGUGAUUGUAAACCUAAUCAGUGAAUCAUUUUAUCUAAUUACGUUGACAUUAUUGUAAUUUGAUUCAUCAAUAGCUCAUUAACCCCAUCAUAGCUUGUGACCAAUUUUUCCUGAUUUUUAACAAACUGUCACAAAAUUGAUUGUAAACAAAAGGCCAAUUAUAAUAUUAUAGUAAAAUUUAAUUUAGACUUUUC